AGUAUCCUGAGUAUCACAUAAUCGCCUUCAAAAGGAGAAAGUGACAAACAGCUCACUGUUUUUACCAGAGGACAGUUCCAAAACUUCGGAAAAUGAGCUCCAAGUAAGCAACAGGUUUCUACAGAUGAGUGAUGGAAAUAUUGGAUAUUGGAAGAUUGAGGUGGAAAUUUAAAUAUAACGCUAUGCGAGGCUUAAAGAAGGACGAGUUCGAGAAGGUUGUCGCUAAGCUCCAGAAAUAUAUUAAAGAUGUUGACGAGUUGCUCAACAGAACAGACGAUAAGUAUGAAUUUUACUUGCACAGGGACCGGGUGUUUUAUUGUAGAUCAUCACUUGCAAAACACGCAGCAUCAAUACAGAGGAAGCACCUGCUAAGCUUCGGUGUUUGCAUAGGCCGCUUCUCGAAAACUAACAAGUUCAGGUUACACAUUACUGCAUUAGAUUUCUUAGCGCCUUACGCUAAAUAUCGUGUGUGGUUGAAGGCAUCAGCUGAACAACAGUUUCUCUACGGUCAGAAUGUCGUACGUUCUGGACUGGCCAAAAUGUCGGACAACACACCGCAAUAUUCUGGUGUGGUCGUCAUGAAUAUGAGUGAUAUGCCUAUAGGUUUUGGAGUUGCAGCAAAAUCGUCUUUGCAAGUGAAGAAUACGGAUCCUAUGACAAUAGUUCUUUUCCACCAAGCUGAUGCUGGGGAAUAUAUAAGAUCGGAGGAGACAAUUGUGUAGACUAUCUAUUGCGGUUAAAUUUCUCACAUCUUGUACAUAAAAAGUUUUAUAUAAGCACUGUACAGUUUGAAAUAUGUUGUAUUCUUAGAGAACGGG